ACCAUCACACCACCAUUACAAGCCCUUUAUCAUUAUCACCGUACCGUUGCCGUUUUGAUCUUUCAUCCAAACAAAACGCAACCACUCCUCGCUCGCAACCGCUCUCCGGUCAAAUUUCCCGCGACUUCUCAAACCUCCGCCGGCCAUCUAAGAGAGCGUAGAAAGAUUUUGAACGAUGAGCAACGUGUUCGAGGGAUACGAACGCCAGUACUGCGAGCUUUCGGCGAAUCUAUCGAAGAAAUGCACUGCAGCUGGUUCUCUUAAUGGAGAGCAAAAGAAGCAAAAAGUUUCUGAAAUAAAGGCUGGAAUUGAUGAAGCAGAAGCUUUGAUUCGCAAAAUGGAUCUUGAGGCAAGAAGUUUGCAGCCAAAUGUCAGGGCUGUGCUUCUUGCUAAGUUGCGGGAGUAUAAGUCAGAUCUAAACAAUCUUAAAAGUGAGGUUAAGAAAAUUGUAUCUGGUAAUCUAAACCCAUCUGCACGGGAUGAGUUGUUGGAAUCAGGCAUGGCAGAUACUUUGACGGCAUCAUCUGAUCAGAGGUCAAGAUUAAUGAUGUCAACUGACAGGUUGAACAAGACAGGUGAUAGAGUUCAGCAAAGCAGGAAAACAAUGUUGGAAACAGAAGAGCUCGGUGUUUCGAUUCUUCAAGAUUUGCAUUCACAGCGACAAUCUCUGUUGCAUGCUCAUACAACGCUUCAUGGAGUAGAUGAUAACAUAGGCAAGAGCAAGAAAAUUUUGACUAACAUGACAAGAAGGAUGAACAAGAACAAGUGGAUUAUUUGUGGCAUUGUUUUGGUUCUGGUUAUUGCUAUCGCCUUGAUCCUAUACUUCAAGCUUUCUAAAUAGGCAAUGGCCGACUUUUUUCUCGUAAUGGUUCAUAAAAAUCAUUAAGAUAAAAAGCAUCACUAUUAUUCCCCUUGUGAGUGCUCGAACAAAGAUACAAGCAUUGUUAUUAUUCUGAUUUGUGAGUGCUGGGACAAAGAUGUAGUGUUGUCCAGUGCUUCAAGCUAAUUUGACACUGUUGGCUUAUUCUAUGAGUGUAUUGUGCUGGUUUGCUAUGUAUGAAAUUUAUAUUUUGUUUUGA